GUAGCUGCUAUAGGUUUGUCCUACAUCCCCCAACGUACGACCUAUUGACAGGAAGGCGGCCAGGACUGAUCAUGGCUUCCAGUCACACCGUGUUGAUGCGGCUUGUAGCCUCAGCUUAUUCAAUCGCUCAAAAAGCAGGAACCAUAGUCAGACGUGUUAUUGCUGAAGGAGACCUGGGUAUCGUGGAGAAGACCUGUGCAACAGACCUGCAGACCAAAGCUGACCGAUUGGCACAAAUGAGCAUUUGCUCUUCGCUGGCACGGAAAUUCCCCAAACUAACAAUAAUAGGGGAAGAGGAUCUGCCUUUUGAAGAAGUGGACCAAGAGCUCAUUGAAGAUGGUCAGUGGGAGGAGAUACUGCAGCAGCCGUGCCCAUCCCAGUACAGUGCUAUUAAAGAAGAAGAUCUUGUGGUCUGGGUUGAUCCUCUGGAUGGUACCAAGGAAUAUACUGAAGGUCUUCUCGACAACGUGACCGUCCUUAUUGGAAUUGCUUAUGAAGGAAAAGCCAUAGCAGGAGUUAUUAACCAGCCAUAUUACAACUACCAGAACAAUGAAAAGCAGAAGUUAAGGGAACACAAGAAUGAAGCAAAGGCAGGACCCAAUGCUACGUUGGGGAGGACAAUCUGGGGAGUUUUAGGUUUAGGUGCCUUUGGGUUCCAGCUGAAAGAGGCUCCUGCCGGGAAACACAUCAUUACAACGACCCGCUCUCAUAACAACAAGUUGGUGACUGACUGUGUCACCGCCAUGAACCCUGAUGAUGUGCUGCGCGUGGGAGGAGCAGGAAAUAAGAUCAUUCAGCUGAUUGAAGGCAAAGCCUCUGCGUAUGUAUUUGCGAGUCCUGGAUGUAAGAAGUGGGAUACUUGUGCUCCAGAAGUCAUUUUACAUGCUGUGGGAGGCAAGUUAACCGAUAUCCAUGGAAAUGCCCUUCAGUAUAACAAGGAGGUGAAACACAUGAACUCCGCAGGCGUCCUCGCCACGCUGCGCAAUUACGACUACUAUGCAAGUCGGGUUCCAGAGUCUGUGAAAAACGUACUUGUUCCUUAAAGGAAAACCUCAUUUACUUAACUAGGAGAAGGACACUUGAUUCUCAGAAUAAUAUACUUUAAAACGAAUUGGAUGAAAUUACUAGAGUUCCCCUUUCACUUAAUUCAUUGUUGAUCAGUGAUUUAUAUUUAGUUACUUAGCAGUAAAAAAGGAAAGAAUUUCUUGAUUAAUUAUUGACCCAGGCCAAUUGUGAGAUCAGAAGGAUUUAUAAAGUAAGUGUGUUACGGUUCUUUUCCUCCUUGUGAAAGGAAGGGUUAGUUUCAACUCGCUAUUCUGGUCGAUUGUUUAAUCAACAUCCCUGUUAUUGUGAACAGUUUCUUUAGGGCACAGAAUCACAAGUUGUUACCUGAAUCUCAUUCUUGUUUUUCACAAUAAUUUUAAGUUUUCCUUACUCCAGUUAAGAAUAUACUGAAAUGUCAUGUAUGUUGAUGAAACAGAUUUAUGGAAAAACUUCUUUGUAAUAAAUUAUUUAAUUCUA